AUGACAUUGAAUGACAUGGCAAGGGUCAAUAUCGACGCUGCCACGAUCACACACGCGUAUCGUCUAAACAAGACCCAAGAGAAGAUCAUUGCCCUGCAGAAUGGGUGUAUCUGCUGCACUCCUCGCGGAGAUCUACUUGAUGAGAUCUUGGACCUAUGGAAGCUCCAGAAGUUUGACUACAUCGUCGUCGAAAGCAGUGGCAUCAAUGAGCCGGAGGAGGUCGCGGCUUCUUUCGACUCUCGCAAAAUCAAGCAGCUGGCGGGAACGUGUGAGGGAAUUACUGAAACGACUCUCGAGACUCUACAAGACAUCCAGCGCGCAGGUGGUUUCGAUCAGAUUGCGCGUCUUGACACCACCGUCACUGUCAUUGACGCCUCCAACAUCACCCGAGAAUUUCACACAGAUGAGCUUGUCUCGCAAAGACAGGACAAUGUUGAGCCCAGUGAUGAGCGUACUGUAUCUGAUUUGAUGAUCGAGCAAAUCGAGUUUGCAGACGUUAUUCUGCUGAACAAAAUCGAUACGUCCAAAGGUUACCAAGUGCAGAGCCUGGUCUAUACGAAGUAUCGGCGUUUCCGCCCCAAACGCCUUUUCAAGCUUCUCUAUGACAAUUUCAUCCUGCGGAUGGAAUACCCUGAUAACGAACAAGAGCAACAAAAAGAGGCAGAGAAUGACGGCAUGGACGUGGAAGACAAUGAGCAGCAGUCAGAUGAAGACCUUGUCAUGGAUGAGCCGGACUGGACCGAAGAUUUUAAGACACCACCACACGAAGCCAUCCUGGAAAAUAAGCGCAAGCACCCCAUCCUAGGUUCCCUAUAUCGCUCCAAAGGCGAAUUUCUCCUCGCCACUCGGCCAAACCAGGCUGGCGAAUGGUCCUCUGCAGGAUCGAUGCUUACCCUGGCCGGCAGACGACUAUGGUUCUGUACACUGGACCCAGAUCAGUAUCUCACGGGAGAUCCGCAGGUUGACAGGCUGGUAAAAUGGCGUAUUGUGAAAGGUAGACAAUGA